AUGGCCAUCCAGUUUUAUAUGAUCAUUUUGUUCAUCAUUUUACUGUUGCUCAUAAUGGCUGCUAUCAAAAUCUAUGAGUUUCUUGAUGAACGUUUUCCCAAUUUCGUUAAUUUUUGCUGUGGAAAUAGUCGCAAUGGCAGCGACAGCGACAGCAACAACGACCACAACCGCAAUGACAGUGAUGCCGAUCAUCUCUAUUACAACCACGAUCUGGCCAUGCGUAUUAAUCGAUCGAUUCGACGAAUACUGAACAACGAUAAUGAAUGGGAUAACUUCAUAAUCAACAUGUUUCACAGUCAUAAUAGUGAUGAUCACACUGAUGGCUCGUUUCAAUUCUAUUUGCAGCCAAUUCUCAGUCAAACUGCUCCACCAUGCUUAUCACUAUCGUCGAAACCGGUGGCAAUGAAAAUGUCCGACCAUCGAUACCGUCCAUUAAGACGUUAUCGACAACGAUUGGACACUAUUGUCGAACAAAUGGAAAUUGAUCAAAUCCUAUGAUCACUCAUUUUGUGAUUUGCCCAUUCAAAAAGCCUUAUUCUUAUUUCAGUUAUUAUUCGCAAGAAGCCCAACCUGACAAAUCAUUAUCCAAAUUCUCUGCUCUUUUCUAGU